GCGCGGACGUCGCUAUUAGCUGGUGUCCAGUCUAUGGAGUCAGUUGGUGCGGGUGGCGGCGCGGAGGGUGGAGGUGGUGUCCGAGUGGGGGCCUCUGCCCCGCCAGGAUGUUACCGGGCCUGGCCGCCGCCGCUACUGCGGCCCACAGAUGUAGCUGGUCCUCCCUGUGCCGGCUCCAUCUACGCUGCAGGGCGGCCGGCCGCAGCUCCAGCGACCGCCUGGGAUGGCAGAAUUUAGUGACAUUUGGAAACUUUGCAUACAUGGUUCCAUAUACACGCCCAUGUAUUUGUGCACUGAGUCAAGUAAAGUUGUACUCUACAAAUGUUCAGAAAGAAGGACAGGGAUCACAAACUCCUAGAGUUGAAAAAGUACCAUCAUUUGAUGAAACAGGUAAUGUAAAUUUUCUUAAAUCUUUUUUUCCUGUAUAUUGGAAUAGUUUGUGCAAAAUUGUUUGUUCCUUGUAAAACUAUCUGGGUUGAUCUUUUCUUUAU